CAGCUCGGGGAGCCGAGAAGGCGGCGAACGUGACCAUCCGUCGAGCCCCGGGCCGGCGGGGCGGGCGGGAUGAACAGGGGGACUCCCCUCCCGCGGCGACAACGACGGCGAAGGCGGCGGCGGGGCAGCCGCGGCUAGGCCCCGCCGCGGCGCUGCCAUGGAAACGAGCGACGGCGGCCGCCGAGGGACAGAAAGGGUGCCGGAGCGGCGCCUGAGGCGCGCCGAGCGCGAGCGGGUCCCGCCGCCGCUGUUUCUGAGGGGCGCCGCUGCCGCCAUGGAGGGCAGGGGCGGCGGCGGCGGCGGCCGGCCGAGCCAGGCCUCCUCCGCGGCGGCGGCGGCGGCGGCGGCGGUGGCUUCCCCCCCGCGCUACCGCUUGGUGGCGGAGAUCGGGCGUGGCGCCUACGGCGUGGUCUACAAGGCGGUCUCGGGCCGCAGCGGCGCCCGCCUGGCCGUGAAGCGCCUGCGCUGCGACGCGCCCGAGAACGUGGAGCUGGCGCUGACCGAGUUCUGGGCCCUGACCAGCCUGCGCCGCCACCACCCCAACGUGGUGCGCUUCGAGGAGUGCGUGCUGCAGCGCGACGGCCUGGAGCAGCGCAUGAGCCACGGCAACAAGCAGAGCGCGCUCUACCUCCGCCUGGUCGAGACCUCCCUCAAGGGUGAGAGGAUCCUGGGCUAUGCCGAAGAGCCCUGUUACCUGUGGUUCGUCAUGGAGUACUGUGAAGGGGGAGACCUGAAUCAGUACAUUCUUUCGCGCAGGCCAGACCCAGCCACCACCAAGAGUUUUAUGCUCCAGCUGACCAGCGCUAUCGCUUUCCUCCACAAGAACCACAUUGUGCACAGGGACCUGAAGCCAGACAACAUCCUGAUCACAGAGCAGUCAGGUGCUCCUGUUCUCAAAGUAGCAGACUUUGGGCUCAGCAAAGUGUGCGCUGGCUUGACUGCUCGAGGCAAGGGUGGGGGGAACGAUAACAAAAAUGUGAAUGUGAACAAGUACUGGUUAUCCUCUGCUUGCGGUUCAGACUUCUACAUGGCUCCUGAGGUGUGGGAGGGGCACUACACUGCCAAAGCAGACAUCUUUGCCCUGGGCAUCAUUAUCUGGGCAAUGAUUGAGAGGAUAACGUUCAUCGAUGCCGAGACCAAGAAGGAACUCUUGGGGACUUACGUCAAGCAGGGGACGGAGAUUGUACCUGUUGGGGAAGCUCUGCUAGAAAACCCAAAGAUGGAGUUGCACAUUCCCCAGAAACGCAGGACUUCCAUGUCUGAGGGGAUCAAGCAACUCUUGAAAGACAUGUUGGCUGCUAACCCACAAGACCGACCCGAUGCCUUUGAACUUGAAUCCAGGAUGGACCAGGUUACUUGUGCUGCUUAAACUCAGGUCAGAGUGUUGGUGAGCUCUGGAAACAGGGAUUUCUUACAGGGACCGACAGUCUCCAUGAUGUACUUGCAAGCUGAGGAGGGCCCGGCGUGGACACCGACUUCUCUGGCACCGUGAAGCUCUGGGACUCGCCUUGGAGCCCCAGGCGAUACAAGGAGGGCAGUAGUUGCUGCAACCCAUUUCAUUAUGCGACUAUUGAAGUUAAUCGUUUCUUACAUUUCCCCCUUCCUUUCUCUCCUGCCAGCUCAGCUUUGCCUGUUUACUUGAUCUGUGCAGUACAUCUGGAAUUCCUCUUUUACCUAAACAAAAUACUGAAAAAGCAAUCUGCAAAUAAUUUUCUGUUGCUGCUACUGCUGAGUACCAGAACUCUGGGGCAAAAUGCGCAUAAGUUUUCUUUUCUCUUAAUGUUGUUGAGCAGGGUGAUAUUUAGCUGAGAGUACUGAGGCCUGUGGCAAAAUACUUGGGGGGGGGGCUGCGGCUUAGCCCCUAAAGCUAGAAACACAGUUGAAUACGUCUUUCUCCUACUCCCUACUCCCAGCAUCAUAGGACCUAAAGGUGUGGUAUCUGAUAGGGACGUUAAGGCAAACCCCCACUUUGAAGGUGACCCCUGUUAGAAUCUCAGUUCUGACCAUCGUGGGAGCUUGUGUUUCGGUGUGCCAAAUUUCACAGGUCAAGAAAGGGGUGUGUGGUUUUUGGAAAUGAUGGCAGGCAUCCACAGAAAUUACCUUUAUGUAGAAAAUGCUCUCAAAAGCCUGCAUCUGGUGGGCUGGGUAGCUUGCUUGCUUGCUUGCUUGCUUGGUCUUUGGGCUGUCUGAAAUCCAGUGGGUAUCUUAACAGCAGGCUCAGUCUUUUCCUGGUUUAGAAGAUUUAAGCAUUCAGUCCGUCUGAAGGUUCUUCCCUCCUGUAGAGGCCUGCAAAGGUACAGUCCCUUCCUUGCAUCUAGGGCCGUUUCCAACGUUAGCAGCACCUUUCCCACCACUACAGCCAUCACACGUGUAUCUCUGCACACACCAAGAUUAGUCCUAAUCUGAAACACUGCCCUAAGUAGCCCUCCCCUAAUAGGCCUCUUACCAUUCCGUUGCUCUUAAAGAUUCGGCUGGUUUCUUCCACUCAGACAUGGCCCUAAGCCUGCCAACUGCUUUGAGUGGAUAUUCUGCUCCAGUACUUCCUUCAGUCGGUCUUAGGCUGGUCUUGCAGUUACCACUGUUCAUUCAGCAGCAGUGAAGACACGCUUGGAUCAGCGCAAUAAAACCGAAUCAGCACUUUGUCCUCCUCCCCUGGUAAGAUGAACCGUGGAGUUUAAAUUGCCUCAGCGGUUGUCUUUAAGAUUCUGGGGAAGUGCUGUGCUGUAGCUAUUGGAAUGCCUUUCUUCCAUAAAACGUUGGCAUUCCUUAGUUCUAUGCAGCCAGAAUUGGGCCAUGAAUGUCAGUCUUAUCGUGGAUGAUAUGCGGCUUACAAGGCUUUUCACGUGCAGGUCCUUCUACAGGCUCUUCUACACCGCCAUGUUUAUGACUGACAAGAAAGGUGUUCUCUCAGGAAGCUCGGAAGAGGCCCUUUUGAGUCUGGGAUGCAAGAUAAGCUAAAACCAUUUUCCAAGAGACGUGUCAGGCUGUGAACAUUUCUUGAGCCAUCUGAACUGUCCAGUCCGGAGGAAAAGAGUUUGACCCGAAUUGGGGGGUUUGAGGCACCAGCCGUUUGUUUGAACCGUUGCCCCUAAUUCAGAUUUGGGGGGUGCCUUCGCAUAAAUACCUAAUCCUCAGACCAGUUGGUAAAUUCGGCCCCGCAGAUCCUAGGGCACAAGUAUAUGACGUGCCAGAGUGUGUGAGCCUUUGUGUAAGACAUGGCUGCUCCGAAGGAGCCCUUGCAUUUCACUUCUGCACUUUGUGGGAUGUUUGUGGAUGUGGAGGAAGACAGAUACCAAGACUUUAGCCCGCUGGAAGACUGUUCAAGUGAAGAGCCCUCUGCAGCUGAGCUCAUCCUGAUUAUUGUACGAUUUUCUUCCAACCGUUGUUGGGGUUGAAGUUGAUGCUUUUGUGGUGAUA